AUGGCCGCCGGCUUAGGAUGCGGGGAAUCGGUGGAUCAGUACCGAGCCGAGGUGCAGCGGCUCACCCAGGAGCUGGCCGAGGCGAACCGGGAGAAGAUCCGGGCUGCGGAGUGCGGACUGGUGGUGCUGGAGGAGAACCAGGCGCUGAAGCACAAGUAUGCGGAGCUGGAGACCGAGCAGGAGACCCUCAGGAAGGAGUUGGAGCAGUUGCAGGAGGCGUUCGGCCAGGCCUACACCAACCAGCGUAAGGUGGCGGAGGAUGGGGAGACCAACGAGGAGACUCUGCUGCAGGAAUCAGCCUCCAAAGAGGCCUACUACACCGGACGGGUGAUGGAGCUGCAGACGGAGGUGACGCUGAGCCGCUCGGUGGCGUCCAACACGCAGGCGGAAAACGAGCGGCUCAACGUGCUCACACAGGAGCUGCGGGAGAGUAACGAGAUGCUGGAGCUGCAGAGGAGCAGGAUGAGGGAGGAGAUCAAGGAGUACAAGUUCAGAGAGACCAGGCUUCUCCAGGAUUACACCGAGCUGGAGGAGGAGAACAUCACGCUGCAGAAACUGGUCUCCACUCUCAAGCAAAACCAGGUGGAGUAUGAGGGACUCAAGCAUGAAAUCAAGGUGCUGGAGGAGGAGACCGUCCUUCUCAACAGCCAACUCGAAGACGCUCUACGUCUGAAGGACAUCUCCGAGGGUCAGCUGGAAGAAGCCCUGGACGCCCUGAAGAGUGAGCGUGAGCAGAAGAACAACCUGAGAAAGGAACUCGCCCACCACCUCAGCCUGAGUGACAGCGUCUACGGGGCCGGGGCCCAUCUGGCGCUCACAGUCACCGGAGUUGAGGGCCUCAAGUUCCCAGAGGAGACGAUUGUGACCAACGGCUCCAACGGCAGCCCCCUCCCCGCCGCUAAUGGCAAUAGCGAGGACAGCAACUGGCGCAACGGUCACAUGCACGUGGGCACGGGGCUGGCGAAGAUGAACGGGGAGUAUCGGCCGGGCCGGAAGGGAGAAGCCCUGCACCCGGUGCCGGACCUGUUCAGUGAGCUCAACCUGUCAGAGAUGCAGAAGCUCAAACAGCAGCUGCUGCAGGUGGAGUGUGAGAAGGCCGCGCUGCUCUUGAACCUGCAGGAGUCCCAGACCCAGCUGCAGCACACGCAGGGCGUCCUGACCGAGCAGAACGAGCGCGUCCAUCGCCUCACGGAACGCGCCAAUGCCAUGAAACGUCUCAACGGCGACAAAGAGCUCGAUGACCCUCAAGAGAGCGAGAAGCCCGAUGGUGGCUCCGUGUCGCCGCCGGCAAAUGGUCACCAUGAUCCCGACAUCCACGGGUUUGAGAUCCUGGAGUGUAAGUACAAGGUGGCGGUGACGGAGGUGAUCGACCUGAAAGCGGAGCUCAAGGCCCUGAAGGAGAAGUAUAACCAGGCGGUGGAGGGUCAGGGAGACGACCACAGUGACGACAGGGUCCAAGCACUGACUGAACAGGUAACUCAUCUGGAGCGCAGUCACCGUGAAGGCCGAGAGCGGGUGGCGAUCCUGGAGGCCGAGCUGCGAGCGGCCACGGGCACGGCCACGGAGAGUCAGGGGAUGCUGAACACCGCGCAGGACGAGCUGGUAACCUUCAGUGAAGAGCUGGCGCAGCUCUACCACCACGUCUGCAUGUGCAACAACGAGACGCCCAAUCGCGUCAUGCUGGACUACUACCGCCAGAGCCGCGUCACACGCAACGGCAGCCUGAAGGGCUCCGAUGAUCACUGGGCUUUGCUCUCGCCUCGCCUGGCACGACGCCUCGCUGCAGCAGCCGCGGCGUGCUCCCACGAGCCCCAGAGCAGUCCCAUGGGCUCCCCAUCCAAAGACGCCCAUCACAACGAGACGACGGUCCCCACAGGGGACUCCUCAUCCAGCCACAGCAGCCCCACCCGCAACCCCACGGGCUCCCCAGGCAUCAGCGUUUCUCCUUGCCCGUCUCCACUGCACUCGGAGGUCGGAGGGGACCUGCGGAAGGAGCCCAUGAACAUCUACAACCUGAACGUCAUCAUCAGAGACCAGAUCAAACACCUGCAGAAGGCCGUGGACCGCUCGCUGCAGCUGUCCCGGCAGAGGGCUGCGGCCAGGGAGCUGGCUCCAAUGCUGGACAAGGACAAGGAGUCGUGCAUGGAGGAUAUCCUCAAGCUCAAGUCCCUGCUCAGCACCAAGAGAGAGCAGAUCGCCACACUCAGGCUGGUGCUCAAGGCCAACAAACAGACGGCAGAGGGUGCGCUGGCUAAUUUGAAGAGCAAGUAUGAGAAUGAGAAGUCGAUGGUGACCGAGACCAUGAUGAAGCUGAGAAACGAGCUGAAGGCUCUGAAAGAAGACGCCGCCACCUUCUCGUCUCUCAGGGCCAUGUUCGCCACGAGGUGCGAUGAGUACGUGACCCAGCUAGAUGAGAUGCAGAGGCAGCUGGCGGCAGCGGAGGACGAGAAGAAGACGUUGAACUCCCUCCUCCGCAUGGCCAUCCAGCAGAAGCUGGCCUUGACCCAGCGUCUGGAGGAUCUGGAGUUUGACCACGAGCAGAUCUACAGAGGCCGCGGCGCCAAAGUGCCCAAGAUUAGAAGCAGUCCACCCAAAUUUCUUGUAGAUUGUCAGCAGUCUGCUGCCUCAGUAUCGUCACUUUCCCCCCAACUAAGGCAAGGCCGAGCGUCCCUGGCCCGCAGGUAACAAGAAGUAGAGCCUGCUGGAAGUAGGAUCACCAACAUCUGCCCAUCUCAUGCCACAGAAUCACAGCUGUAGCACAUUCUCUCUAAUGCACAUCUGGAACCUUUUUCACUGCACAUCUGCAUCUGAGCUGCAUCGAUUGUCCUGCAUGUUGUUAGAUUUCACAUUUAUCAUGAGUUAAUUGUUAACGGGUUACGGCUGAAACUAACUGCAUCAAUAUUAACACUUCACUGGACCAGCGGGGGGAAGAAUCGAUUUUCACUUUGCAUGCACAGGUUUGAAUGGCACUUUUAUGUUGGCUUCAUAGAACUACUGUAAGUUAUUUAUUACCAGUUCUUUUUUUUUAUUUGAACUUAAAAUCGUGACAUUAUGGAAAGGAUUUCAUGCCAAAUUUUACUGUAAUGGAAAAUAUCACUGACCAGUGUCUAAGGUAUUGGAAAUCCCCUUACUAAGUGUCUCACUGCUGUGAUACUGUCUACCUGACAGGAUGGAACACUUAUUUGGUGAUGUUUUUCUUUAACUGGUACCGGGGACGGAAGGACACAGCAGAUAAGAUAGAGGAUGAUCUCAUGUCUUUCAUGUCUUCUUUUUUUUCAUAUCAUGUCUUAUGAAACGCCUCUUUGUAUAAGUUCUGGCUUCUGUGAACUUGCAGCCAGUUGUUCCAUUUUGAGCACCCGUGCUUGUUGUGUAAACUCUGCAGAGCUUAUUAUUAUAAAGACUCAAAAGCAACUCCGGUCUGAGAAUUUCAUUAUUUCAAAUCUCAAGAUGAAUUUCCAUCACAUUACCUUUUCAAAUUUGAUCUCUAUAGACGUUUUUUGUAGAAAUC